AGCAAAGAAGUCCCAAAGUCAUGGCUGCAGGAAAGUGGACGCACUUAGGAAUAAGUGGGAGGUCAAUGUGCGAGCCAAGUACGUUAAGGGUCACCACAGAGGAUCAAAAAAGCAAGCUGUCACCCUUGGCUCAACCUCCUGUGAGUGCACUUGUAACAAGCCCAAGCUUGAGGGCUACCCUUGCAGUCAUGUGCUCCGGGCGGCUGCUGUUCAAAAAAUCAGCGUCGAGCCAUACAUAUCGCCGUACUUCAACAUGUACAAUCUGUACAACACUUGGAACGGUGAGUUCUGGGCUUGGGGCAUUGAUAUGAACUACAAAAUGUUGUGGCCAGAUGGGCCGAAAUGGGUUCCGAACACCGACUUGAUGAGAACCGCAAAGGGACGACGUCAGUCUAGGCGUCAUCGCAAUGACAUGGACCAUAGCCAGAUGGGAGAACCAAGGCGAUGCCGCGUUUGCAGGUGUCCUGGACAUUCACGCAAAGACUGCCCGUAUCGAGCCAACAACAACGCAUGAUGUUGAUAUAUAUGUACUCGCCAUGUCUAUUUAUAUUUCUACUCGUUAUGUGUACUUAUAUUGAAUUUAAAUUGAUUCUCUUUGUAUUAUUGUACUCCUGAUGUUAACUUCAGAUAAUUAAUGUAAAUCGUAUCUCUUUGUAUUUUUUAAGUUAAUUUAGAUUUGCAUUUGUAUUUCUGUCUUCCUCGUAAUUUAUAUUUGUAUGUUUGUGUGCAGGUUAUGGGUGAAGUGCCAGUGCUUUUGCAGGGGCCCCAUGACGCCGGGCACCGUUGCCACCUAUUUUUGAAACCAAAUACUAAGCAUGAUUAUCGGCCUUUCAGACUUCGAACCAUAAAGAAAACAUGGCCAAUACACAAUCAUUUCCUUGCUCACCUUGACGCUUAUGGACUACAAGGUUUUGCUAGGCUCACAUCAUGCGACGACCAAGUACGUUCGGACCCAUCCCUUUUGACAUCCCUCGUUGACCGGUGGAGACCUGAAACCCACACCUUUCACUUUCGUUUUGGGGAGCUUGCACCUACACUGAAAGAUGUUUCUAUGAUCACUGCUCUACCAAUUAGAGGUGAGCCGGUAGUCUCUCCACGAGUGUCUCCAUCUUGGGCAUUAGAUAUAGCAGCCCGUCUUGGGAUGGAAAUGCCAGAAUCACAACGUUCUGGUAACCCUCGGGGCAUCCCACUCGUCUGGCUUCGUGAUAACUUUCUUAAUUUAUCUAGCUUCGCCAAUGAGGAGACGAGAAAAAGACAUCUGUUUGCAUAUUUGUUGUGGCUCCUCGGGAAUCUAUUUCCAAAUUCACAUGGGGACGUUGUUGUCCCUGGUCUCAUCUACAUUGCAGAGAAUAUGGUAGAUGAACCUUUACCCGAGCAGCCAAAAUACAGCUUCGGUUCUGCCAUGCUAUCUCAUACAUACAGAGGCUUGUGUGAUGCCACGCAAAAAACCUCUUUCGCACAAAAAGCUCCAUUACUUUGUGUCGCCUAUGAGUUUCUACAGUUGUGGUCCUGGGAAUACCUCCCUGUAGGACGACCUCGUAUAGUACAACCCAUAUACCCAUAUGACUUUGGCGAGGGUGCUAGCGCAACUAUGGCCACCAGGUGGACAAAGGCACGGAAACGUUGGUCUCCAGAUAUUGCGAAAAAUUGUUACCCUAUGUACCACCAGCAGUUUGAGAUACUUGAUGAGGCAGAAGUCACAUGGAACCCGUGGACUCAGGACCAGCUAAAAAUGGUCUUUGAUGCUCGACACUUCACACCAGGCAUGUUGACCGAUAGUGCAUUCUGGCUGACUCGCUGCAACUUAUUGUUCCUGUGGUGUGUUGAACCUUACAACCCAGAGCGUGUAAUGAGACAGUUCGGUCUCUAUCAAGAAAUUCCACCACCUUUUCCCAGACGUAUCGACGAGGAAACACAUAAGCUAACCAAUAUGGGCAGGGGUUGGAGUUUAUACGAUUGGAGGGAAGAGAACAGUGAAUGGGUACACAAGUGGACAAAUGAAGCGCUAGCAGAUAUAGUGCGUCAACUUAGGCCGUACGAUGGAAGUACAGAUCAAGCGUACAAGCAGUGGUACUGCAUGAACACACGUGCUAGCCUGGCCAGUCAGCCAGCUACUAUACCAACACAUCUCACACAAGAGGAGCAGGCGCGGAGACAUGUUGAGCUGCAUGCAGCUUACUAUCGUGACCACCUGCUUGAAAAUGUCAACGAAGUAGGGCAGAUGGCUACGGAUAGCAUGCCGGCCCAGGGCCCAUAUCGCAAGACAUUCCAGAAACUUUUGCAACAAUUCGUGGCAAAGAAGUUCAGAUGCGGUAGAGGCGACGACGUUGCCACUGGAGCAUACAUGCCGGUAGCGAGGUCAGCCAGACCGAGUGCGGCACCGUCGUCCAGACCGAGCGAGGCGCGUACGAGCCAUGAGCAAUGGGGGGAGGGUCCGAGUACUAGAACGACAUUGCCACGACAUGACUCAUCUCUGCCACUGCAUCGCUCUUCUUCGAUGCAGCUUCGUCAGGGGCAGACAUCUCAGGACCAUGGCACGGGCUUGGAUUCGAUGCCCGAGCAGUUUCUUUCCCCUAACCCAUAUGCGUACACAGGAUAUGAUGCAUACACCCAAGGUGAGGGAUCUCAGCCGUUUCUCUCCACGCGAGGGAUCCCCAUGCCCGAGGAGACUCGUGUACCAGAUUUAAACCAGCACCAAGUACAAUGGCCAGACAGUAUAGGAGAGGGAUAUGCUCAGGACACACCUGAUGUUAAUUGGGGCGAUGAGAACACCCAACGCGGCGUCAACACAGGCCUCCGGGGAGCAUCACAUGAUCAUGGCGUCAACACAGGCCUCCGGGGAGCAUCACAUGAUCUUGGCGACACGGUUACAUCAUUAGUUACAGAGUUCUUCGGAGGGGAUGUUAUUGGCCCAUCUUUUAUCCCCCCGGAGUCACAACCAUACGCCUACAAUUACGCUUCAGGUUCGCAACAAGGAUUCGCGACUCCACCACCUACGCAGGACUCGCAGACACAUGAAGCCGAAUUGGAGUACGGCCGCGGUCUUCGUGGGGGCCGGCCACCUAAUCUCUUGUCGCCUUCCGGUCGUAAGGAAAGGCCAGGUGGUCGUCGUAAAGUAGGGUGA